AUGGCUGCAGCUUGCAGUAGCCAGAGGGAGGUCGGUGGAUUGUUCCAGUUUUGUUGUGCCUCCAAUGCCAAUUGGGAGGGCAUCCACCUCAAUGCGGAGGAGAGGCAGGCACGACAGGUACCUAGGCAGGAAGGAGUACAGAGUACACAGGAGUCACCUCAGGCAGCUUGCACUUCAAACGGACGCACCUGCGCUGAGUCUGAGGUGCCUGCCUUCCCCGUUCAACCUGGCCUGGAAGGUGCAAAGUGUGGGGUAAGCGCUGGUGACAAGGUCUGUGCUCUUUACUGCGUAAGGUAUGCCCCAUGCUCCUGCCUCCGUGCUCUCGACGACCGCCCCACAGUCGCCGGAUUGUCCUUCCCCAUUUUAAUGUUUCCCAUCGCUCCUCCGUUUUGCACAACAGCAGCUUCGACUAGAGCCAUCUCAUCGCCCUCUAUCUUCACAUCGGUGGACAAAGACUUUGUCUCCAACCUUUUAACCCCGUAUCCGUAUGUACUCGAAACUCUCCUCCUCGACAUCCCCUGCCUUGCUUCUCCUCGUCCACCCCACGUCGCUGUGCAAUCCCCCGGCAUUUACGACCCCCAACCAAAGGUUCCUCAACGUCCAGCGGGGGAGGAGAACCUCGGCGCCAAUGUGUCAAAACCAGCUAAGCUCCAUCUUCCUCUCGCGUCCCCUCCAUUCCGAAUUCCUGCUAUCCAACUUGCCGGUGGAUCAAGGUUUUCCAACCAGAACUCUGCUAGAGUCUUGCAUAAGCAUUACCCUGUCACCUACAGCCUAUCUCAAGCUCUUCCCGUUCUGAUCCGGGAAGCUACAUGGCUAGCCAAAUCGAUAUUGAGAUUCGAAGCGCAGGACAGCGGACCACAAACUCGCGGACGCGGAAUAAAAGCCGACGUCUGA